GACCCCGCGCCUCGAGUGCUUUUCAAUGAAUUUUCUUUAAGCAAAAGCGGAUUUUCAGUUUUCACUCCUAUAUCUUGACUGGGCGUUGUGAAAUAAAAAAAGAAUGUGUUUUUAUUUUUACAUAUCAUAAGUCAUAUAUAAUUUAUAUCAUUUAAUUAAGUUGAGUUCAAUGAAGAAUUGAAAAAAUAAGAUGCAGUAAUAAUUACAAAGUUCCGUAAAAAGUCUUGUGAUUGAUUUUCAAAGAAGGUUGAGGCUCUGAAAACCAGUAAUGCCGGAGCAAAGUAACGAUUACCGUGUCGUCGUUUUCGGAGCAGGAGGAGUGGGAAAAAGUUCACUCGUUUUACGUUUCGUUAAAGGUACCUUCCGUGAAUCUUACAUACCUACAAUCGAAGACACAUAUAGACAGGUCAUAAGCAGCAACAAAACUAUAUGUACUUUACAAAUUACGGACACAACAGGCUCACACCAAUUCCCAGCUAUGCAGAGGUUGUCGAUAAGCAAGGGACAUGCCUUCAUACUUGUUUACUCAGUAAGCAGUAGGCAGUCAUUAGAAGAGUUAAAACCAAUAUGGCAAACAAUAAGAGAGAUAAAAGGUACCGAUCUACCAAAUAUACCAGUGAUGCUGGCAGGUAAUAAGUGUGAUGAGAGUCCCGAAAUAAGAGAAGUGUCAGCAGCCGAGGGGCAAGUACAAGCACAAGAAUGGGGUGUUUCGUUUAUGGAGACCUCCGCGAAAACUAACCAUAAUGUUACACAGCUGUUUCAGGAGUUGCUUAAUAUGGAGAAGAAUAGAAACGUAUCGCUACAAGUGGACGGCAAGGGGAAAAAGAAAAAAGAGAAAACUGUUAAAGAUGGCGGCGAAGGAUCAGCAAGUGGUAGAGAAAAAUGCCUAUUGAUGUAGUUAUAUCAUUUUCUUUAAUAGCAACAUAGUGUGAUACAAAGUUAAUAUGUUUGAAGUUUUAUAUGACAUAAUGUUGCUGUGUCAUUCUAGUCAUUGUUUUAAAGCAUUUAAAUAAGUCAUUAUGCCUAUUACAUAAUAUAUUAUAUAUUUUGCUAUAUAAAUUAACCUUAUUUACACUAGUUAUUAACGAUUAGAACGCAGUCGCGUUCGUUAGUGAAAAUACAACGAAAUCAAGUCUAUAGGACUACUGUUAAUUAAUAUAUAUGCUAAUUUUUUUUAAGUACCACACCCACAGACAAGUAAAGAGUUUGACACUUGUCUAUAAUUUGAUUGGCAUUUUAGAUAUAGAGGAUGGGCAAUUAAAACAAACCAAAAGAUUUUACAGUACUUAGGUAUAAAAACAUCGCAAAAACAAUAGACACUUCUUUCGUUUUUUUUUAAUUAUUCGAUUUGAGGCGAAGCUGAGUUUUUACCGAUUUAAUUUACGUAUUGAAUGUUCUUUGUGAAUGCAUUUAUAUCACAAUCUUGAAAUAAAAAUAUUGAAAGAGACACAGCCCGCCAUUUUUACGUAUUAUUUAAACUACAAUGAAAGCAAUCUGUCGGACAUAUUGACAUUUGAUAGCUGUCUAUCCUCUAUGUUUAUGAUGAAACGAAAAUAGGCUUUAUAUAUUAUGAUCUCAUUUUGUGAAUUUUAUUUUAUAAAUAAAAUAAAUUGUUCCUAUGCGGCUAUGUUGCUUGUAUUUGCAGUACCAACGAAUUAUCUGUCAUUGUGAGUAAAAUGUGCCAAAAUGCGUAUUUCACGUAAAAGUACCUUGAUUUUUUUCUAUAACUGGGAGUGAUACAAGGAAACGAUAACAUUAUUAGAUGAUUUUCGAAUCUAAAGCCUAGUCUUCUAUACAUAUGUACUCUGUAUAUAAUGUUACACUGAAUUGGUAUUUGAAUAUCAAAUUUAGGAUUAGUCGUCAAUUAAUUUUAUUAACAGAGAAUUUGCCGAUCUGUAAUACGAUUUCGUGCUGUUAUCGAAAAUAUUUCCAAAUUCAUAUAAUUUAAGAGAAUUUGUCUGAAAUGUUUUAUAUUACAUUUGAAUUAUUUCGUGGUAUUAUCAUCUCAUCUCUAACAAUAAAUUAUUUUUAUUUUAAUUUUCCGUGGAGGUUUUUGGUUUAAAUUUUUACACAACAACGGCGCGGUAACUUCAAAUAUUACCGAAAUUAUAAAUAAUUAAUAUAUAAAUAAAAUUUUAAAAAAAUGUAACACGAUUACUAUUUUAGUGUUACAUGCAGACACUUGCCUACCACUGACGUUAUGCUGAGAGUUCAUUACCUUGCUAUUAAAGUAAAAUGGAAAAAAUAAAACUGAAUUUGGUUUGAUCAUUGAUAUCAUUUAAUGUGAUAUUCAUUAACUCUGCAAAGGUCGUAAGAGACUCAACCUAGCUCCAACUAUUCUAGGUAGGUACUAUUGACACAUAAUUUCAUGUAUACCAGGUUUAUUAAUGCCGCUUAAAAUUAUUACCUGACGUUUUAUACUUAAGUUAUUUUAUAAAUUCAUAUCGGACCCCACUGGUCUGAUUGAAUGGUUUGAAUGAAUUAUAUCUUAACGGCGUUAGGAGACUGAAGACGAUUUCUCGCAUCACUCCCAGGUAAUUUUAUUUUAAUUCGAUUAUUUUUAUCAUUAACAAAAUAUUUGAAGUCACCUAAUUGUUGAAUUUUUUUAUCCAUUAAAAUUCACCUAAGUUCGUAAAACAACUCACAAUGGCACGCGUAUGAUAUUUUUACUAUUUUAAAAUAAUAAAUUUAGUGAAUAUAAAGUAGCUAUCGCUAGUCAUUGUGCACUUUAUUUAUAUCGUUCACUAACAUAUCUAAUUAGAAUUGUCCAUAAAAGUUUAUCUAGUCGAUUACAAUUGUACCUCGGUCACAAUAUGUUAGCCUCUACACACACAUAUUUCAUACCCUGCAUAUUAAACGCUGAUAAAGGCGAUUCGGGCAAUGUCUUAAGGCCCUAUCCCAGCACGCAUUGCUGUGUCAGUGUCUCGGGGUGGACUGCGGUACGCAAUGGAGAGCUGGAGCGCUGAGGCGCGCCGACCCAUAAUAAGAAUUAGUUAUGAUCUUUCAAAAUGAAUACAUAAACUACGCAACUCCAACAUAUAUUUUUUCCAUUCGCAAUACUUUAAGAAACGAUGACAAAAAAUGGAAAUAAACAAUGUACUUUUUUGGAGUUGUGCGACCGUAUAGGGCCUUAAACAAUAGUAUUACGCCGCUUAUAAAUUGUGAUGUUAGUUACUGGCGUGUAUUAACUCAAUAUGUAAAAAGGAGUGAGGUUUCGGAAAUUAGGAUUAACCAUCCUUGAAUAUAAUUAUUAGUUUUAAUUUUUUUUAAUCGUAGUACAUUCAACAUUUUUCUUGUAAACUAAAUAAAUACACCGGUUUCUAUGAUUUGUCUAUGAACUGAAAAUUAUAUCUUAUCGCCAGGUAUCUAAUUAAUUUAUUGAGAAAACGUGAAUUUGACAGUCCUUAAUUUAGACACAUAUACGAUACAAAUAUGGACAUAGAGUUUAUGUUGUAACGUUUUCCCAAUGGCAAGAUACUGUGACCGAGUAGUAUGCGAAUAGCGAGGUUAUAGCCUUAUAGGUAUAGAGCCGUUGAAACGUGGGCGGCACAAAGGUAUUUUAAUUUUGCAUAUCCACCUUUAUGUACCCUUAGUUUUCUAAGUAAGCAAGAAUAUUUCACUGAUUUUUUCUAAUAUAAUAAAAUUAAAUUCACACGCUUAUGUAUAUGUAUUGGUAAGUCGAGUUCAUCCAUUUCUUUAAUAAUAUCUUGAAUGUGUGAAGGAAUAUAUACGCCAGGAAUGCAUAAACUAUAAUUUUAUAAGAAGCGCCAUUUUUUAUAAUAUUCAUUUCGUGCAUGAUGGACUUAGGACGUUUUUUUAACAAAUGUUAAUGAAUAUGAAAAAAAAAUUAUGUUGUAAUAUUGUGAACAAGAUAAAAAAAAAAUGGUAUGUCGCGAGAUUUUCGCGCGCAUUUUUUAUUUAUGGCAUUUGACACAUCGAACAAACGUCGGUAAAGAAGAUAUAACAAUAAUCGGAGGCCCUUAACUGAUGCGAUGAAAUUAUUUAAAUUGAUAGUACAAACUAUUGAAUGUUUUGAUUUAAAAUAAAUGUAUACGCGUGUGAAUUUAAAAGAUUAUUUUUCAUAAUAUUUGGGCACAUGUUAUAAUUAAGAUUAUUAUACAUUUAACAAAUUAUUGUUACUAUAUUGUUGUAACUGGACCAAUGUUGUUUAAAGUUGUUUGGUGUUUAUUGGUAAUCUUUGUUCUUUCAAUCUUCUUCUGCUAGGCCUCUGACGGACACCAUUAUGCGGUCGGUCUUCGCUAAGAUUCUGCUGACUCAUUUAGAUGGAAUACAAGACUGUCAAGGAGACUCUUGGCUUAAUAGACCAGACCGUACUUAAAGAAAGUAAAGUAAUCCCCGGAACGAUAUAUGUUUUGUUCUAAUGGUUGUUAUGUGUGUUUUAAAAAUCGAUAAUCGAUCAAAAGAAAAGAAAAAUCGAUAAAAACCCAUUCAAUACUAAAAAUGCCUCUAAAAAUUCAUACCAGUGUAACUUCUAAAUGAGUAGGCAUUAACGAAUUUUAAUCUAAAAGAUAAUUUUUAUCUCGUCUCGUGUAACAGUUUCAAUCUCUUAAAACCUAUAGUCCGAAUGGAGAGCUGCUCACUUAGCAACGCAUUAUUCUUUGAUGUUUUUAGCAUAUCUAUUGUUUUGUUUCCGCUUAAACAUCGCAUUUAAUUGCCUAUUAUGAAGUGAACAUCCAGCUUCUUGUUUUUGGCUUGCUGAAAAAUGGCCACGUCGUAAUUCAGACUUGAGAUACUCCGACAAAGUAUUAGUAGUAGUCGAAGAAGCUGGAUCUACUUUAUUAAUGACAAAUACAUUUGUACAUUUCCAUUAUCUGUAAAAUAAGUCUACAAGUAGUGUAGUCAAUGAGUGAGCUUAUCAAUUUCUUACUUUCAUGGGUGGGUACUACAACGUUCCAUAGAUAAUUAAUAUUUGUGGAUACUUUACAACUUCGCUUUUAAUUCCCAUGGAAGUAAGACUGUUCAAAUUGUCUUACAAAUGUAUUAAAUAAACUUCUCUAAGGUGCAGAAUAACGAAUAUGGCAAUAAUAUUGAAAUAGUUUCAAUUAUAUAAAUCGAUUUUGUCGAAACUUUUAGUAGUGAACCCAAUUAGGGAAUUCUUUAAAUUCAAAUAGUUCAAAGUUUACUAUAAUAUGUUAACCUCCUUGCCUCAAUUAGAUAAUUCGAGAUUGUAUGAAUAUAAUUACUUACUGGAAGACUUAUUUCUACUCUUUCUCAAUUUUGUUAGAAUGAUAAUAUUGCUUCUAGAAACUUUCAAACCACAUGGUUUAUUCACGUUUGUAUAAUAAUAUUAGUUUUAGAUCCUUAGUUGUAGUGUAGGUGGACGUAGGCGCCUCAGGGAGACGGUUAAAGCUUGUAAAACGUGGGACGGAGCGAGAACUUUUAGUUGGGCGUCUUUCGAGCGAUGUUCUUCUAUCUUAAGGUCAAUUUAUACUACCGCAGAGUCGAAGCGUUAAAUUCUUCACAAAUAAAGCGAAGCCGCAGGAAUGCGCGCGGAUUCUUGAGAAUAUGUGCUCACUCUUUUACGUGUAGCAUCAACAGUAAUGCUAUUGAAUCACUGGCCAGUUAAUUUUUGACUUUUGUAUUUUGGCACCAGGUAAAUUAAUUUUUCGUUCGAAUCCUUCGUGAUCAACGUUGACGCAGGCUAACUUUUGACUGAUGACGCAUACGAUCGCUAGUGGGCGAGUGGAUUCGCGAGAAUGCGCGCCUUUUUUAAAAUCUCUGAAGUAAUGUGUAUGUGUGCGUUACGCUGUGGUGUUAAGGUUGAAUUUGUUAUGUUCCGUUUUGGAUAGACACUACGAUGCGCUUCGACUGCACUAGUACAAAUUGACCCUUAAAGAACUCUCAACCAUUCUCCGACCGUACAUGACAUACGCUAGCGUAGUCUUUGCACAUUGUGCCCCCUCCUAUAUUCACCGGCUACAGGUGCUCCAGUCGCGAUUCAUGAUAAUCGCGACCGGUGCGCCCUUCUAUGUGAGAAACGUCGAU